GUUGGAUCUGAGUUGGCUGACAACUUUCACUUAUUAGAAAGUUUGAAAAACUUCCCUUGUCACAACUUCGGUUAAAAUUAAACUUUUAUUUAUUUACUAAAAUGUCUGUAAAACUGUACCAUUUUCCUAUCAGCGGUCCUUCGCGUGGGGCUCUGCUAGCUGCUAGGCUUGUUGAAGUGCCGAUCGAUGUUGAAAUAGUUAAUUUGUUUCAAAAAGAACAAAUGAAGGAGAGUUUCUUAAAAAUAAAUCCUCAACAUGUCAUCCCUACAUUAGACGACAAUGGUUUUAUACUAUGGGAAAGUCGUGCUAUCGCUUGUUACUUGGCCGACAAGUAUGGGAAAGACGAUCAGUUUUAUCCCAAGGAUUUGAAAAAGCGGGCGCUCGUUAACUCGAGGCUGCAAUUCGACGGAUGUACGCUUUUUGUAAAAAUAAGAGCUAUCUGUUUCCCAAUUAUAUUUCUUGGAGAGACCGAAAUAAAGAAACCAUUGAAAGAUGACCUGAACACAACUCUAGGGUUCCUGGAUAUGUUCCUGAAUGACACAAAGUGGGUAGCUGGAAACCAUCCGACAAUUGCUGAUACAUCUAUAUAUGCAUCGGUCACCAGCAUUUUGGCUGUUGGCUGGGAUAUUUCAAGUUUUCCAAACAUUGAGAGAUGGCUGAAAGAAUGUUCCCAAUUGCCAGGAGCAGCCGAAAACGACGAAGGUGCUAAAGCUUUUGGUGAAGCUGUGAAAAAGAAUCUGAAAUAAAA